AUGCGAAAAAGUCGAGAAGAGAACCCCGAGGAUUGGGGUGAUCGACAGAAAUUGGAGAGAUAUAUGGAAAGCAUCAAGAUUGUUGCUCAGCGUCUGGAUUGUCAUUUUGAGCAGUUAACUCUUGUCGACAAUGUGACCAAUGGGGUCAACGCCAUCUUGAAGUCGCCUUUGCCUUGUUUCGAAAAACCGGGUGGUACAAUUCUAUGCACAAAUCUGAUGGAUCAUUUGGUUUCUCAUGCACUUAAAGCUGCAGUUCAACAACGUGGUAUGCAACUGCACACAGUCGAAAUCCCGUUACGGAUUGAGAGCAAAGAAGCAUUAAUUGAUUUAUUUAAAACAGAAAUCGAUAAGGUGCAGGAUUUACGGUUAGCCUUGCUCGAUCACAUCACGAACACACCAGCAAUGACAUUUCCAAUCGAAGAAUUGAUUGAGAAAUUUCAUCAACGAUCUGUUCCCGUUUUAAUUGAUGGAGCUCAUGCACCGAAUCAGAUACCAAAUCUUUCACUGACAAAAUUGGGGUGUGAUUUCUACGUAGGCUCUCUGCACAAAUGGAUGUUUGGGGCAAGAGGCACCGCAUUUGUGUUUGUCAAAAACCAAUCAUCGACAAAUCUCAUCCAACCACCUGUUUCAUGGGGAUAUGUUCCAAGUCCAUCUGAUCUUUCCAAAACGUCAUCAUUUCAUCUCCAAUUCUUUCAUCAGGGAACACGAGAUGAAACAGCUUUUUUUACAAUCCCCAAAGCCAUCGAAUUUAUUGAUUUAAUUUGUGGUGGUAAAGAAAGAAUUUACGAGUACAAUGCAAACUUAAGUCAAAAGGCAAAAGAAAUGUUGGAUGAACGUUGGGGAAAUGAAGAUUCUUUGAUACCGUCAAGUCUGGAGGCGCCUUACAUGAAAAUGAUCAAGUUACCACAUCUUCCUGGUUACAAUAAAAGCGUUGCGGAUGCUUCCCGUUUGUCGGAGAUUCUGCUUGGCUACCAUCAAAUUGUUGUGGUUGUUGUGUGCAUCAAUGAGGAGUUGUUCUUGAGAAUUUCCACUCAGAUUUACAAUUGCAUGGAAGAUUAUCUUUAUUUGGGCAAUGUUAUUGAUGAACUUCGACACGAA